AUGGCAAGCAAGCUUAAAGUAGAACAGCUCCGAAAUCAAUUGGCCCAACGUGGUCUCACCACCACCGGAAACAAACCCACUCUGGUUCAGAGGCUUGAGGCCGCUCUCCGCCAAGAAAACAAGCAACCCACCAACGCAAGUGAUGUUUCAGCUUCAAUUGUUAGUAGAAAGAGGGGAAGACAAUCAAAUGAAGAUGGAGAGUCAACUGGGUCCGAGAAAAUCAAGGCCACCGACGAGUUCCAGGACAUGAGUGUAAAGCAAUUGCGCGAACAAGCCACUCUUCGUGGAAUUUCGACAACUGGGUCUAAAAAAGAACUGCUGGAGAGGCUUUCUGAAGAUUCAGAUGACAUUCCUCUAGGUGGAGCUAAUGAGGACGGAAAUGGCAGCAAGGAGAAGAUCGUAACUGCUACCAAAAAGGGUGUAGCGGUAUUGGAUCAGUGGCUACCAGAUCACAUAAAGGCACAUUAUCAUGUUUUGCAACUGGGUGAUGAUGUAUAUGAUGCCAUGUUGAACCAGACAAAUGUUGGUUACAACAAUAACAAGUUCUAUGUGAUUCAAGUUCUUGAAUCUGAUGCUGGUGGUACUUUCAUGGUUUACUAUAGAUGGGGGAGAGUAGGUGUUAAGGGUCAAAACAAGAUACAAGGCCCUUACACAUCCCGUGACAGCGCAAUCAAUGAGUUUAAACAGAAAUUCUAUGACAAAACCAAGAAUGAUUGGUCCAAUCGUAAAAUGUUCGAGUCUUUCCCGCACCACUAUAUGUGGAUAGAAAUGGAUUACAACGAAGAGGAAAAACAAUUGUCUGUACAAGAAAAGAAUGACUCUGCUUUAAGAGGUCAACCUCUGGAAACACAACUUGAGCCUCGCAUUGCAAAGUUUAUAUCUCUUAUAUGCAACAUCAGCAUGAUGAAGCAGCAUAUGAUGGAAAUAGGAUACAAUGCUGAUAAGUUACCUCUUGGUAAGCUUAGCAAAUCAACAAUUUCAAAGGGAUAUAAUAUCCUGAAGAGGAUUGCUGAUGUGAUUGGCGGGUCUAAUAGGAGAACAAUUGAACAAUUAAGUGGAAAUCUAAUUGCUUUGGACAUAUAUAUGAGUAAUGCAGGUAACUUUGUGAUUGAUACUCCUCAGAAACUGAAACAGAAGUUGGAAAUGGUCGAAGCACUAGAUGAAAUUGUGGUCGCAGCAAAGUUGUUGAAGGAUGAUACUGGAAUGCAGGAAGAUCCCUUGUAUUCCAGUUACCAACGCCUACGCUGUGAACUGACACCGCUUGGUGCUGAUUCUGAUGAAUUUAAUAUGAUUGCGAAGUAUUUGCAUAAUACUCAUGCAAAAACGCAUUCAAAUUAUGCUGUUGAUAUCAUUCAGAUAUUCCGUGCAUCAAAAGAGGGUGAAGUUGAACGUUUCAGAAAGUUUAGUAGUAUGAAAAAUAGAAUGCUUUUAUGGCAUGGUUCUCGGCUCACGAAUUGGGCAGGAAUAUUAUCUCAAGGCUUACGAAUAGCUCCACCUGAAGCACCGGUGACUGGUUACAUGUUUGGGAAAGGGAUUUAUUUUGCCGACAUGUUCUCCAAAAGUGCAAAUUAUUGCUAUGCUACUGAUGGUUGUACAGCUGGUGUGCUGCUUCUAUGUGAGGUUGCACUAGGCGACAUGGCUGAGCUUUUAACUGCUAAGUAUGAUGCUGACAAGCUACCAGAAGGCAAGCUAAGCACUAAAGGAGUUGGAGGAACUGAACCAGAUCUUUCACAAGCUCGGUUACUAGAUGAUGGUGUUGUGGUUCCCCUUGGAAAGCCGAAAGAGAAUUCGGGGCCCAAGGGUGCUUUACUGUACAAUGAGUACAUAGUUUACAACAUCGAGCAGAUUAGGAUGCGCUAUGUUGUUCAAGUGAAUUUCAAUUACAAGCGAUAG